UGUAGAUUCGCGCGAUUGGACUGCCCCGGAUGAAUUGGAGCACGGAUUCCAGUGGGUUACUGGAUAUUCAGUGGAAAAACCCUGUGCAGGCCAUUGCUUUGCGGGGGGAUCUGAUCUCGCAUGAACGUUGCUUUGCCGUGAUGACCAGAGAUUCGCCGAGUCCUGAGUGGACACUACUUAGAGAGACCCGACCCCUAGUAGCGGAGGCCCCGGAAAAGGACACUAUAGAGAGAGCCAAGCCGCCUGGAGUCUUUUCUUACAGCACGCAACUCCCCACGCAAUUCUCUCCCCAACUCUCUCUCCAACUCUCGGCCCAACUUCCCCAGACUCUCUCAACUCCCCGUACAACACCCACAACCACCCACAACCACACACAAUGUCUCUGCAAUCAUACCCCUCAGGCGACACCCUUGCCUCCAAUGAGGUCUCCCAGCUUGACCGCCAUGGCUACCUCUUUGGCAAGAAGCUGACACACUCGCUGUCGCCCUUCUUCCACAACAUCAUCUACCGGGACCUUGGCCUGCGAUGGGGCCAGGUCCGUCUGGACUCUGCCGAUAUCCCCAGCUUUAUGGAGCUUGCCCGGCACCGCGACUUUUACGGUGCUUCUGUCACUAUGCCCAACAAGGUUGCCAUCCUGCCGUAUCUCGAUGAGUUGACCGAGGAGUGCCGUGAUGUCGGUGCCUGCAACACCCUGUUCCUCCGGGAAGAGAACGGCCGCCGCAUCUUCUGCGGUGCCAACACCGACACCAUUGGCAUUCGAGAGUCGUUCUACCAGAACGUCUCGGACCCCGAUGCCGUCUUCCACAACCGCCCGGCCCUCGUCGUUGGCGGUGGCGGCGCUGCCCGCAGCGCCAUCUACGCGCUGUGGAAGUGGAUGAAGCCCACUGCCAUUUACCUAGUCAACCGAGAUGAGACUGAGGUCGCCGACGUCAUCAAGGACUGCCAAGCCCGCGGCUACGGCGACCUGCUCAUGCACGUCAAGACCGUCGAGCAGGCCACGGAGCUCGAGGUUCCCGGUGCCAUUGUCGCCUGUGUUCCCGACUUUGAGCCCCAGACCCCCGAGGAGGUGCUCGCGCGCCGCGUUACUGAGACCUUCCUCGACAAGGAGACCAAGGGCGCCAUCCUGGAGAUGUGCUACAACCCCACGCCCUUCACACGGCUGGGCGCCAUCUCAGAGGAGAAGGGCUGGCAGGUCAUCCUCGGCACCGAGGCUCUCAUCUGGCAAGGCCUGGAGCAGGACAAGUACUGGACGGGCCGCUCGAUAGACGAGCUGCCCAAGGACAAGGUGCAGCUGGCUAUUACCGAGAAGGUUGAGCAGCGCGCCCAGUCGAAGCUGUAAAAAAAGGCUCUUGGGAAUGGAAUUGCAUAGCGUUUUUGGUUAUGACCGUGUCGUCUACGAUAGAUAGAUCAUGAUGUUUUGAUAGUGUGAAGCGAGCAUUUUAUGGCUACAUUUAUGAAAAAUAUAUUUCAUUAAACACCACACAACCAUG